CUGAGUCAACGCAAUAAGCCGGGGAGGCGGGAGUUAGCUCGAGGGUUUGUCACAGCGCGAUGUAUCGCGUGGCUUGAGCACGUCUCGAGGAAGGGGCCAGUGCAUGUUACGUUAAACUGUUAGACAUAUCACUCGGGAGUUGGAAUUUCUUCACUUUUAAGAAACAAGUGGUUCAAGCACGGACAGUCCAUUUAUGCAAGAAGAGCCUGCACGAAGCAGUUUUCCAAACACUUGUGAAAAUUGGAUAUCGGUGAAAGUUUGACAGUUAUGGCUCUGCUUUCCGACUGUUUAUACUAGUGGGAUAUUCUCACAUGACAACACAGGACAUCUUUUCCCCAGCCAGUGAAGAGCAUACAGAACGAUUUGUGCGUGUCGACUUUAUGAAUGUGCCUAUGACCCGAGAGAGGAUCUAUGUGUAGUUAACGUGUGACGCCUCAAUUGUCUGUAUGUGUAUGCGAGUUUUAUGUGGAACAGAUAAUACAUACAUUCAUGUAAUAUUGCCUUUGGUGAAAGGACCCGGUCUGUGAACGAGGAGAAUCUGGUAUUCACAGAAGUGAAAAAAGCCAGCUAUUGAUAGGGGUACAUAUUGAAUUGAAAUACACGCAUUCAAUAUAACCAGAUCGACUCUCAACUUGCCACAAAGCGAGGCAAAUACGUUUAUUCGUGGAUUUGCAUUACGACAAGGCGUUGACUUUGACAACGGGACAUGCUCAGGGACGUAACACUACUCCCCCGUGAUACGUCUUCAUCGACCAGGACGUUUUUGUUUUAACAUGUCUUCACUGAGGAAGUUGGAGUAUUCACUCAGGACUUCAGCGCGGAGUUGACUGUCAAUGGAACUUCGCGCGUCUUUGCUGUUAGUAGUUUAAUAGCGUAUAUCAGAACGAUGCUGUGUGUGACGGCGUUGUGUAUCGUGGUCUGUGCGGUCGUGGGGGGUGAGGCACAGGGGGAUGUGCUCAACUAUACUGUGGAGGAAGAACAACCCCCGGGUACCUUCGUCGGAAACGUUGCAAAGGACUCCAACGUUUCUUCAGCCAUUGCAGGAGAAGACCUUGCUUCUGUUCGCUAUCGGAUAUUACGCCCAGGAGAGACCCCCAAUUUUUAUUUCUUGAUCGACAACCGGUCGGGUGUGUUAUCAACAGCAUCAGUCCUCGACAGGGAAAAUAUUACAAUUUGUGAAUUCAAACGGAUUUGUAAAUUCAGCAUAUAUAUAGCACUACAAUCGGGACCGUUUUUCAGGACAAUUUUGGUUAAUAUACUCCUUGAGGAUAUCAACGACGAAAUCCCGGAGUUUCCCCAUCCGGCAAUCAAGUUGGAGAUACUGGAGUCAGUGUCUGUCGGAUCGUCCUAUACCAUAGAUUCCGCUGAGGACUCGGACGGAGGUGAGAACCAUUCUGUUCAGGCGUAUGCCAUCUUCCCAAGUAAUGGGACAUUUGCUUUAAGUGUGACCAAAAACGUAGCUGGGAGGGACGUCCUACGAAUAGUCGUCAAUUCUCCCCUGGACAGUGAAACUCGGGACUUCUACCAGCUGAGGGUCCAGGCAAGAGAUGGCGGCAGGCCACCUAAUGUGGGGGAGCUGUUAGUUAACAUCAGUAUAAGUGACGAGAAUGACAAUCCACCAGUGUUUUCCCACGAUGAUUAUCAUGCUAACAUUAGCGAGGCACUACCGAAUACCUCCACCAUCCUGACAGUCCAUGCCACGGACCGAGACAGUGGUCAUAAUGGCAAGGUGUUUUACAUGUUGAGUCCACAACAGUCGGCCAUUAACAGAGAACUGUUCAAAAUCAAUCGAUUAACAGGGGAGAUAACUCCCAGAAAACCGUUAUCCUCUCAGCAAGGUAAGACCGUACGUUUGGUAGUCCAGGCGUACGACGGUGGUUCAGAUCCCUUUGUGACCCCGUCCAUUGUGUUUAUUAAUGUUCUUGACACUGUGAACAAUCCGCCAUAUAUUCAGCUGAAUAUACUGAACGGCGUAACGUCUGCCGAGGUCAUGGAACAUUCGUCUUUAGGGUUCGCGGUUGCGCAUAUGGUGGUGUCCGAUGAAGAUUCCGGAACUAAUGGUCAAGUGAAUUGUUCUGUUAUGAGUGACCGGUUCCAGUUACAGAGUCUGAAAGUCAACGAAUACAAGGUUGUCGUGUCCGGAGUACUGGACAGGGAGACAUCACCUCAGUACAAUUUGACCAUCUUGUGUCAAGACGGUGGUCGGCCAGCGUUAAGAACCACUGCUAGCUUUACGGUCGAUCUGGUCGACAUUAAUGACUACCCACCAACAUUCAAACAACAACACUACGUGGCAAACAUAACUGAAAACAACGCCAUUGGGAAGGUCAUCACAAAGGUGAAAGCUGUGGACAGGGACGCCGGCGAUAACAGCCGGAUUACCUACGUCAUUACCUCUGCUUAUCCUCGUAUUACCAACUUCAUCAACAUCAACUCUGACAGUGGUGUGGUCACGGCGGUGGACAAGCUGGACAGGGAGGUGUUCGACAGGCUGAACAUUACAGUUAUUGCGUUUGACCAUGGCGACCCUCCAAUGUCAUCCAACGUUUCUUUGACUAUUUUCAUUCUGGACGAAAACGACAAUGAACCUGAAUUCCGAGAAGCCGUUUAUUUGUUUAAAAUUCUUGAAAAUAAACCCAUAGAUACGCAUGUAGGGCAGAUACGCGCGUACGAUACUGAUUUAGAUGGGGGAGGGUUUGUGACGUAUUCUAUAGUGGACAUUGGUCAGUAUGUGCCUUUCAUCUUGACCAGCACGGGGAUCUUGCUGUCCAAUGACGUUUUCGACCGAGAGCAGAGGGAUGAGUACAGUUUCGACGUGGAAGCGAGUGACCACGGGUACCCAUCUUUAGCAAACAGGGUUAGGGUGAUAGUAGAAAUCACCGACGUUAACGAUAAUACGCCCGUCAUUACUUUCCCCAACGAAGUCAACAUGACAUCUAAAAUACCUUUCCAAGAUCCACCGGGUACCCAGAUAGCGGCUGUGAAGGGGGAGGACCGUGAUUCGGGCUUAAACGCUCAUCUCCAGUUCUCUAUGAGACAUGACUCUCCCCAGAAGUCCUUUCUGUUUUCUAUUGACGGUUCGUCAGGGAUUAUCUUUGUGAACAAACAUUUACGUGAGGAAAAUGUGGGAACAUAUGUUGUGUUUGUUUCCGCGACGGACGAAGGCACCCCACCUCGGUCCUCGGGUGAGAGGAUUUUAGAAAUUACCGUGUUUGUCGGAAACAGCACGGCGUUGAUGUCAGGCGUGUCCCCCGGUCAGAAUGCGCUGAUUGUCAUCACCCUAUUGUGUCUCACUGUCAUAAUCGCCGCCAUUGUCUUAACUGUUCUGCUGAGGAUACGGCGUAGGGAUAGACAGAAGAAGUCGGAUUCUGACGUAACGCUGGAAGACCUCCCCCGGACGUCGGGUCCGGACUACCCCACGGAGCGUGACGGGGGAUUCAGUAGCUACAAGGCCGUCCAGGUGGAGGAUGAGGACGUCACCAACAGCAGCAGCAACACUUUGCCCAAAGACAUCAACAAGCACGAGCUUCUGUUGUUUAAGAUGCAGCUGGCGGAACAAUACAAACAACGUGAACAGGAAAACCUAGAGGAAGUAGAAUCCUCAUCCAAAUUAGAUCAGCAUCCUGUUCAAGAAUCACACGUUAUCUCGGAGAAGUAUGACGUCACAGACCAACAGAUGACGCGAUUAGCUGCACUUAAAUAUCAACAGGCGCUAAUCAGAGGCUCCAAGAAAGGGCUGAGUCAGCACCAUUCGCCUCGUUACGGUCCGAAAGGGGAGACAAUUACAGACGACAUUCUGAGUAACUCAUCAGGGGAGACAACUGGCACUGACAGUGGCCGGGGCUACAGUGAGGAGGACAGUCACAGUCAGGGCAGGAGUUCUCUCCCUUCAGAAACAGGUGAAAUCCGGAUGUGCUGGCAUAUAGAUGACUCUGGAUUUCCAAUUGUGAGAUUCGACUGCAUUCGGGAUCAGAAGAAAACAAGUAUUAUUCCACAAAAUAGACAACGGAAUAGUAUUCCUUUGGUCCGGCAAGGCGAUGUGUCCAUGUUGCCACCGGCGUUAAAGUCUGACCACAGACAGAGAACUCUAGACUCAGUGACCUUGAAAAACAAUAGUUCCAGAAAGAAGCCCUAUUCAGUUCACUUCGAUCAGGACUCUCAAAGUGAUUUCCAAACACACGUACCUCGCUAUCUUGGAACAUUUGCACCGCAACCACGUCCAAGGUCGAGGAAUUCCGACGCUAAUCUUACCUUUAAGAAAGGACUUACUGGUUAUUCCUUGGAUAAUCUAAACGACAGCGUGGAUGAUGAUAACACUACCACGACUUCCGGGAGCUACACGAUAGACCAUGAUGACCCGCCAGACGAAAUGAUAACAUUUUCUGGGUUUGGACUUAAGGAUGUGUACGUGUAGCCUGGUCCACGUGGUGUGGCAAGGGACGCAACUCUUGUGACCUUGUAGACUGGUACUCAGCCGUCGUUGCGACUGCUCGACUGGACUCUAUUCUACUGAUGUGUGAAUGGAUUUGGGGACAAUCUCAUGAAGUGAUUCUGUGUGUUGUGGGAAUGUAAUUUAUGGAUGAAUAUGUAUGCGUUUUAGUCACAGAAUUCCAACCAGCUUUCAUGCCCGUUCAUUUAACUGAGCAUCAUUUCAUCUAGUCCAAGCAUAGUAAGCAUUUCUCGGAUGAGAUUUCAUCCAUCGGAUUCCAUCAUGUCAAAUCUUCAUUCGUCAUCACUCGUGUCUUUCCGUGACAAAUGGGAUUGUCUCGGAAUGACACGAGUAGCCGUGAAUGGUGAAUAUAAUUUCAUGACGAACAUCAAUUGGUGCAUAUAUAAACGGUUGAAAUUAAUGAUGUGUUCAUUGGAUUUAGUCCACAUUUGACUAAUGUCUUGACACUGUAUUGUAUUAAGAUGUAAUUGUUUACAGGAAUUUGAAUAUUACCCUCUCAGUGUAUAAAAUACAUUGAACAUUGUACGGUGUUUUGUUUCCAAAGAUAAGUUAUAACCUGAAACAGUACAAAUGCAGCAACGUCUUCGUAUCUACGCAUCUUUUCAAGGCCAAACCUGUGCUUCUUGAAUAUUGCCCUGAUUUAAUUUUGUUUUGUAAAUGUUGUCUAAUUUAAGAUAUGUUUUCAGCCUCAUUUUGUUUAAGAAUGUUUUUGGGAAAUAAGUUUCAAGUCACCAUAUUACAAAUUGGCAAAUUAUUAUAAUUAUUCUUUUUGAAUGGGUAUAUUGACCAAUUUAAGCCCAAAUAUUAAAUACAUAUAUUGAUCUUGCCUGUGGAUGGAAGUAAUUGUUAGCUUAGUGAACUCAAAUUUAUAAUUCAUUUCUUUCAAUAAUAAUUAAGUGGUUCAAUGUGGCUGCUUCAAAUGUUGAUUAGCUUGUAGGGGACGUUUUGAUACCACAAGUAACGCCAAACUGUAAGUAGUGUCUCCUUUAAUUCACUUGUCAAAUACCGACCGUAAAUCUUCCUUACUGGGUGCUGAAAUUUGCCUGUCGUAAUGGUACCAUGUCAUAAGUGAUAAUUAUACAAAACAUUUAUUUGUUGUUUAAUGCCGGAGCUAUAUGACGGCGGAUUGACAUCAUGGAUCGGUCUACGCAUUGUGUGAUUAGCACUGAUUACUGGUGAGAAUUUUGUCCACCAAUGUCACCAGUUACGUCGUCGUCCCACAACCCCGUUGGACGUCGCUGACCACUGCAAUCACUGUUUUAUGUAUAUACCAGAAUCUAUCACUCGUAGAUAUCUACCUACGGUUGAAACGACUAACGCUCGUUCACCUUUUCCAAUGGCAUGCUGGUUAGCCCUACGACUGUCGCAGAUCCAUGUUAAAGUGUAGGAGUUACUUAGCGCUACGAUCGCUUUGCGGACGACCCUCGCUCUUAGCGCAAGGACUGUCGGAUCGAUGUUAAAGCUUGGGAGGUACGAUC